GACCAAUCAGAGAGCCGUCACCGUCCAAACACUUCCGCUGUGCCACCAGCUCGUCUUUCCAGUGGAGCGGCCGUGUGUGUGCGCUCAGCUCUGAAACCUGAACCACACGUUGUCCACAGGCUCGAUACCGACUGAAAGAUGGCCCCAAAAAAGGGAGAAGCCCCGAAGCAGGCUCCGUUAAUCGGACGGUUUGGCACAUCUUUGAAAAUUGGAAUCGUGGGAUUGCCUAACGUUGGGAAGUCCACCUUUUUCAACGUGCUGACCAAAAGCCAAGCUUCUGCAGAGAACUUCCCAUUCUGCACGAUUGACCCAAACGAGAGCAGAGUACCUGUUCCCGAUGAGCGCUUCGAUUUCCUCUGCCAGUACCACAAACCACUCAGUAAGGUCCCCGCCUUCCUGAAUGUUGUGGACAUUGCUGGUCUGGUGAAGGGAGCUCACGCGGGACAGGGACUUGGAAAUGCCUUUCUCUCCCACAUCAGUGCCUGUGACGGGAUCUUCCACAUGACCCGUGCGUUUGACGAUGAGGAUAUUAUCCACGUGGAGGGCAACGUUGACCCGGUGAGGGACAUCGAGAUCAUCCACGAGGAGCUGCGACUAAAGGAUGAGGAAAUGAUGGAUCCAAUUCUCGACAAACUGGAGAAAAUGGCAAUCAGAGGAAGCGACAAAAAACUAAAACCUGAAUAUGACAUCAUGGUGAAGGUGAAGAACUGGGUGGUGGAACAGAAGAAAGCCGUCAGAUUUUACGGUGAAUGGAACGAGAAAGAGAUUGAGGUGUUGAACAAAUACCUGUUUCUGACAUCGAAGCCCAUGAUCUACCUGGUGAAUCUCUCAGAGAAGGAUUAUAUCAGAAAAAAGAACAAGUGGUUGGCAAAGAUCAAGGAAUGGGUAGAUGCUAAUGACCCUGGUGCUGUGGUCAUUCCCGUGAGUGGAGCUCUGGAAUCCAAACUUCUGGACAUAGAGGAUGAGGAGGAGAAGAAGAAAUACUGUGAGGAGCUGAAGACGCAGAGUGUUCUGACCAAAAUAAUAAAGACCGGCUAUUCAGCGCUACAGCUGGAAUACUUCUUCACAGCGGGGGUGGAUGAAGUGCGAGCAUGGACCGUCAGGAAAGGUUCCAAGGCUCCUCAGGCUGCAGGAAAGAUCCACACUGACUUUGAGAAAGGCUUCAUCAUGGCCGAGGUGAUGAAGUUUGUCGACUUCAAAGAGGAGGGCAGUGAAAAUGCAGCCAAGAGUGCUGGGAAAUACAGACAACUUGGCAGGAACUAUGUCGUGGAGGACGGGGACAUUAUCUUUUUCAAAUUCAACACACCCAAUGCCCCCAAAGACAAGAAAAAAUAAAUACGACACAUCACCAGAGGAAGAGCUCAGAAUACAGUUCAGCACUGUUCUGUCAGGCCUGUGAGGGCUUCACUGUCCGCUGGUUCUCAUUCUUCUCUCUUGAUCAACACUUGUCCUGGUCAGUCAGAAAUAUUCACUCAUCUGAACUCCCAGGUCCGACUUGACCAGAAUCUAUUAAACAUAAUUCUUUAAAAUACAAUGUCUACGUGUAAGAAUGUGAGCAGGUUUUGAAAGGGCACCAACGGCACAACCAGUCGCUGACUUUUAACAAGAAGAACAGGAAAGAAUAAGUGCAACUGAAAUAAGUGAUACUUUUUUUAUUUGAAAGGAAAUAGUCUAAUGGGGAACCUCUAACAGAACUUUAAAUUGAGACUCAUUCAAGCCACACAACUUAAAGAUAUUUAAAAGGUUUAAUUUGUGUUUUGCUAUUUUUCCCUUUUACUUUUAAGAACAAGUUUGACGCUUACUGCUGUGAUGACUGCUGAUGAAUUGACGAGCUUACAGGGUGGUUAAUAAACAGCGCUGUGAAGACUUGGUAUGUUGUAGCUUCUGUUGCAAGUGCCUCAUCUGAGUUUAGAAAAAAAAACAAGUUCUGAAUUGUUGAUAACUUUAAACAUUCAAAAGAAAGUGAACUUUUCUCACUUCCUUCACUUCUUUACCUUCAGUUGAACUUUCAUAGUUUUUUUACAAACAACACCAAAGUCCUAAUACCUGAACUACACAAAGUCUAUAGUCAUGUGACAGCCAGUGUGUUCACUUUAAAGAGAGAAUGAAAUCCAUCCUGGUGUUCACCUCCAGGCCGGUGCUGUAUUCUGAGCGAGAGCGUCUAUUGUUUUUUUAGAAGCAGGCAUCACAGAGGAUGUUGUUAUUCACGCUGCUUUUAUUGACCUAAGUUUGGCUUGUAAAAUAAAGAAAAGAAGAACAAACCGACUCUUCACAUUUUGAACUCCACCCUGCGUAACGAGACAAUGCUUCAUUGUGAAUCUGGACGGCUGCAGGAACAUCAUCCGGGUUACGUUUUGCUUUGCCUCUCCUCACUGCCUCCGCUGUGUGAAUCGCUUUAUUGACCAUCCUCUGACCAGACAUCCUGCCAAAUUUGUGGACAUGGAAACUCCGCCUUGUUUGUGCUGAGGAGGAGAUGUGGACACGGGCGGAUCAAAGAUGUUAACUCAAAGGGAGCAAAGGUCAAAUAAAUGUCACGCAUUAAUAUGCAUGUGUCAAUAAAAGGAAACAAACCUCUGUCAUA